UGGUGUGCUUGUGUAAAGUAGUGUGGUCAGAACACUGACGCCUGUAUUCAACACAUGAGAGUCAGAGCAAAGUAACCAACCUCAUACUACCACGAACAGCCACCGGUAGUUUAAUAUAGAUAGGAUACGGAAAUUUCCAUCUUUACCAAAGUCGGUUUACCACUCCUUUUACCAUUUCCACCUCUCUAGACACAACGGACUGACUGUAAUACACUAACCGGAACUCUACUAAGCUACCAAGACGCCCACUUAGCAAAGUCGAUACGCUUUCGCCCCUUUGGCAAGCUCAAUGUCGACGCACGCGACUAACUCCGCCCACGAGGUCGGCAUUGACCCGGGCGAAAAUCGCGUGACCCCCAAGCUCGACACCAUACCUCUUGAACUUCAGGCCAUGAUAAUCGGCACCUUGGAAUCGCAGCAUUUUCGAAAGGCCAUGAAGUAUCGCCUAGUGUGCCGAAGACUUAAGGAGGCCGCGGAUCUUGCUUUGAGGAAGCGAUUCGUCACCCGGAUCCAUUUUACUACUUUUCUCGACGACUUCGACGCGCUCCGCGACGGUCGCAACGUGUUCAUCGUCUCCCCGCGUGAAGAUCCAAGGCUCGCAAUAAACAUGUAUUUCAGCUCAUUCUCCGAGGACAACGCGGAGGCUAUCUACACCUACCCUUAUCGAACCACCCUCAAUCUAGGGGGUAACGAUGGCACAUUGACCGGCGAAAUAGGCGUUCGCUUCGGAGGGGCCCGGUUCUGGCCGUUAGGCUCGAUGUGCAUGCUCCUAUGGCGGAGGACCAUGCAGCUUUACCUGGCCCGGGUUAGAGAGCCCGAGUACCCGAGGCCUUGUCUCAGUCACUCAGCCCUGAUAUUCGACUUCCCAUAUAUGGACGGCGUCAAAUUCAACGACGAAAAGCUCAAGCUAACAGUUCCUUGGGUUAAGCUAAUUAGCUGCUUGAUCUCGCGGGAAACCAGAUUCGCAGAGAAUCUGAAGUGGAUGGCAUCUCAAGAUUUGGAAGCCACUCGUUGGAAGACCUCAAAUCCAAUUGUGGAACAAGGGCUGCGGACUGCUUUGCGUUCAGAUCUCGUGCGCCGUGUGCGGUUCGAAGGGUGCUUCAAAGCAGCUAGCUACAGGCUUAUGUGCGAUUGGCCAGAUGAAUCUAACUGGCAAAUGACCCCUUCCUAUAAAUAUUCUCCUGGCCAUCUCGCUUGGUUUUUUGAAUGGGCCGAGUAUGUUGGGAUAAAGCUGACGGCUUCUUGAGUUGUUCAGUGGUUAACCGACAUGAACUUGAUGGCGCCCUUUUAUGUUCUGGAAUCUGUAAAGAACAACUAACAUAUCGCAAGAUUUAUCGUUAGGGAUAGUAUUAGUUAUCCUAUAGCAAUUAUGAUGUCAAGU